AUGCCUAGACUCAGAGUGCUCAUUGCAGGCGCAUCCAUCGCAGGCCCCACCGCGGCCUACUGGUUCGCCAAAGCCGGAGCAGAUGUCACUAUCAUUGAGCGCUUUCCGGCGAUGCGUACGGGUGGACAGAACGUAGACAUCCGCAGUGUUGGUGUCACGGUGAUGCGAAAGAUGCCGGGCAUGGAGGCAGCUGUCCUCGCCAAGCCGGCGGGGAUCGAUGGGAUCAGCUUUGUCCGCGCGGAUGGAAGAUCUUACGGAACCAUCAAACCUACCGGAAACCCGGAUCAGCAGUCGCUCAUCUCGGAGUACGAAAUCUACCGCGGCGACCUGGCACAGAUUCUCUUCGACAUGACAAAGGAUAAUCAAAACAUCAAGUAUGUUUUUGGCGAGCAGGUGGUGUCGAUGCGACAGCAUGGACAAGAGGACGGGCCCAUAACGGUUGAGUUUGCGAACGGCCUGCCAACCUCGGAGUACGAUCUUGUCGUUGCUUGCGACGGUGCAACAUCAAGAACCCGAGCGCUAGGGCUUGGCUGCGGUGUACGAGAUCACAUCAAACCGUUGAACGGCUGGGUGGCGUUCUGUUCCGUCUCGAAGGACCUUGCGAAGGGGAACAGGAUAGGACAAGGUUACAACGCGACUGGCGGCCGCAUGAUCGCUAUCGGGCCUGGGUCAUCAGGAGAGAGUCGGGUCACGAUGAUGAAAUUCUAUCCCAGGACGGACCAGGAUGCUUCACUACCUUUCCGCCAGGCGUCUAAGCGAGGAGACACUGCUCUCCGGCAAUUUGUGGCGCAGGAGUAUGAAGGAGUCGGGUGGAAAGCUGCCGAGGCGAUCCAGGCCAUGAUGGAGACAGAUGACUUCUAUGCCACCGAGCUCGUGCAGGUCAAGAUCCCAAGUUUGUAUCAAGGACGGUUUGUGUUGGUUGGCGACGCCGGCUACGCCCCAGGUUCCACUGGAACUGGCACGAGUCUCGCGAUGGCCGGUGCCUAUGUGUUGGCAGGUGAAAUCAGCAAGCACAAGGGAGACAUCGCAGCAGGACUAAAGUGUUACGAGGAGACAAUGCGGCCGAUACUUGAAGAUCUGCAACAGGAACUGGGAUUCGCUAAGUCUAUCCUUGCUCCGCAGACAGCUUGGGGAAUCUGGCUGCGAAACCAUAUUUUCGCAUUUGUCGUCUGGAGCAGGAUUCUGGAUUUCGUUCUGAAGUUCUUUGCUGCCGCGUUCGCCAGCAAUGACAAGCAUAAGCUGCAGGAUUAUGAGUGGGUGGAUUAG